AUGACCCGAACGAAUCCGUAUGACGACAGGAGGAUGUGGCAUGUCUUUAUCCAAAAGACGAGCGAAGGAGUUGUCUGCCUUAUGCGCCAUGAAGUCGACGAUGCCGUAGCUGACGACGAUACUUUCAUCCUUGAUCGUACUUUCAACAGUCUCGUCGAUGCCUUGCGCCGGCUCGAAGAUAAGGUUUUAGCUCAUGCCGCAAAGGAGGCAGCACGAGAGGCCAUGAGAAACCUGACCCCGGGAUGCAUUGGAGGAUCACUCCGCCCGCAGUGGGACGUUGAAAUAACAGUGGAUGAUUACGAGAAUCCUCUCGAUGACCCUGAUCCCAACUGCGCUGCUGCCACAUGGAUGGCUCAUUCGAUGAAUGUUGAAUGCGUGAGAGCAGGUCGUGGCUUCGUCGUAACUUUGGGCGACGGACACGCACUCUCUUCUAACCUGAUGAUCGAGCAUCUGUGGACGAACGAAGAAAAGAUCGCCUACCAAGCUUGCGGAAAGGCACCAAUUGACCUUUGGCAAAAGGACGUUGCUGGAAGAGAUUGCAUUGCUUUGAGGUUGCAUAACCUUGACCCUAUGGCUCAGCCUCUUCACCAGAUUUCUGGUCAACGGACUCAUUGGUUGCGGGGUCCGGCUGAUAUUUCGCACUUCAUGAUCGUUGGAACGAGAGCCCAGCCGGCCGGGGAUGGAGCCAUCAGUGGCGCAGAGAGGAGCCUGGACACUCCAUCUCCAGCCGAAAUGAAGUCCGGGUCUCACUUCUGGAAAUCGCAGACCGGAGACCGGAAGAAAGUUCGGGACUUGAGUGAUCCCAAGUGGCCCUCCAAAGAAGUCAGAAUUCGCUACGAAGACAUGAUUCAGCCUGCCUACCAGGAAAAUCGUCAUCUCGACCAACUCACCACGCCCUUCUCGCAAGGCGUAGCCUCAAUCUCGGCCAUCCUACACGACAAGUCCGAAGUGGUAUCGGAUACACAUGCAGCCGGCUUCAAGAAAAAUCAGAGCUUUGAAACAGCACCGUAUCGGCUGAAAGUCUCUCAAGUCAAUCAGGCGACAUGGGAUUAUGGCUAUUUCCCUUGGGACAGACGCAGUAGUCUGAACAUGGCUACUUCGGCGUGA